CAGUUGCCGGAGAGCCUGUAUUGUUUGAAUAUUUCAAGUGCGCUUCAUAUUAGAUUUUUGAAAACGAAGGCUUGAAGAAGUCAGCUACUUGGACUAUAGUAGCUAGCGUCUUAUGAUCAUGAAUGAAGAAGAUUCGAUGACUUAGUCUAUUUCACGAAAAGUUGCCAUCUCAUACAAGUUCUCUGAAAAGUUCUCUUAAAAUUCCGCGUAAUGUCAUGAAGAAGAUUUGAUAUUCCAAGUAGAACUUCACCAAGAAAGAAAAUCCGGUUUUGAGUCCAUCAUUAGUCGCCGGAUUUUCAAGAAUCAAAGAAAAUGAAUGGUAACGGUAGACCGCCUAUCCCACAACAACCAAGUGUAACAUUUGGUAGAAGAACAUUAUCAGGAAGGUAUGUUAAUUACUCAAGAGAUGAUUUAGAUAGCGAGAUCGGAAACAGCGAGCUUGGGAACCCAGACUAUUUAAAUUAUGCAGUUCAUAUAGACGGAGAUGGUACUGCACGGAGGCAAGUUUCCAUGCAGUCAGGUGGAGGAGAAGAAGAAGAAGGUGGUAAAAUAGGACGGGAGAUGUCUGUGUUGAUGAGAAGUCAAACUGGCGAUAAUUUCGACCAUAAUCAAUGGUUGUUUGAAACAAAAGGAACAUAUGGGUAUGGAAACGCUACAUGGCCAAAAGAGGAGGAUGAUGAGGAGGAGGAUGGUGUUGGUGGUGGUGCUCAUCAUGACCCUAAGGAUCUUGCUGUCAAACCAUGGAAGCCACUUACAAGGAAAUUGAAUAUCCCAGCUUCUGUUCUCAGUCCAUAUAGGUUGCUAAUUGCUGUGCGAGUAGUGGUUCUGGCGCUGUUUCUCCAGUGGAGAAUUCAGAACCCAAAUACUGAAGCCAUUUGGUUAUGGGGAAUGUCCAUUGUCUGUGAGCUGUGGUUUGCAUUCUCUUGGCUACUUGACCAGCUUCCUAAGCUCUGCCCCAUCAACCGUUCCACGGAUCUUGCCGUUCUGAAAGAAAAGUUUGAAACACCUACAAUCACCAAUCCCACUGGAAAAUCUGACUUGCCCGGGAUUGAUAUUUUUGUUUCUACUGCGGAUCCAGAGAAGGAGCCUCCUCUUGUCACAGCAAACACUAUUCUCUCCAUCCUUGCUACUGAUUACCCAGUUGAAAAGCUUGCUUGUUACGUUUCUGAUGAUGGAGGCGCCUUACUAACCUUUGAGUCCAUGGCAGAAGCUGCAAGUUUUGCCAGCAUGUGGGUUCCAUUUUGCCGCAAGCAUAAUAUCGAGCCCAGAAAUCCCGAAUCGUAUUUUAGUUUGAAGAAGGAUCCUUUCAAGAAUAAGAAGCGCCAAGAUUUCGUCAAGGACCGAAGAUUGAUGAAGCGUGAGUAUGACGAGUUUAAGGUUAGGACCAAUGCGUUACCUGAAUCUAUUCGCCGCCGCUCUGAUGCAUAUCAUGCUAGGGAAGAGAUCAAGGCUAUAAAGCUCCAGAGACAGAACAGAAAUGAUGAUGAGCUUGUUGAAAGUGUCAAGAUUCCAAAAGCCACUUGGAUGGCAGACGGAACCCAUUGGGCUGGCACUUGGAUGGUCUCUGGAUCUAACCACUCUAAGGGUGAUCAUGCAGGAAUUGUUCAGGUUAUGUUGAAGCCUCCCAGUGAUGAACCACUACGUGGAAGUGUAGACGAUGCUAACAUCCUCGAUUUUACUGAAGUCGACAUCCGCCUUCCUACACUGGUCUAUGUUUCCCGUGAGAAGCGCCCUGGCUACGACCACAACAAGAAAGCUGGUGCCAUGAAUGCCCUUGUGAGAGCCUCUGCCGUUAUGUCCAACGGUCCCUUCAUCCUCAACCUUGACUGUGAUCAUUACAUUUACAACUCGCAAGCAAUGAGGGAAGGCAUGUGCUUCAUGAUGGACCGUGGAGGUGAACGCAUAUGUUACGUUCAGUUCCCACAGAGGUUUGAAGGUAUCGACCCGAACGAUCGAUAUGCCAACCACAAUACUGUCUUCUUCGAUGUGAAUAUGCGAGCACUCGAUGGUCUUCAGGGCCCUGUUUAUGUCGGCACUGGUUGCCUAUUCCGCAGAAUUGCACUUUACGGGUUCGACCCUCCCCGGUCAAAGGAACGUGUUAAUGGUUGCAUGAGCUGGUGCUUUCCUCGUAAAAAGAAGACUUCCAAGCACUCUGAAGAGCAGCGAGCUCUUAGGAUGGGCGACGAUGAUGAGGAUGAUGAGAUGAGCAGCCAAUUGCUUCCAAAGAGGUUUGGCAAUUCGACUUUCCUUCUUGAUUCAAUACCAGUUGCAGAAUAUCAAGGCCGUCCCCUUGCGGAUCACCCAUCCGUGGAACAUGGUCGGCCUUCUGGUGCACUCACUCUUCCAAGAGAACCUCUGGAUGCACCCACAGUUGCAGAAGCAAUCAGUGUUAUCUCUUGCUGGUACGAAGACAAAACCGAGUGGGGUGACCGUGUUGGAUGGAUUUACGGCUCUGUUACAGAAGAUGUGGUGACUGGGUACCGUAUGCACAACCGAGGAUGGAAAUCAAUCUAUUGUGUGACGAAACGUGAUGCUUUCCGUGGAACAGCGCCUAUCAACCUUACAGACAGGCUUCAUCAGGUCCUCAGGUGGGCGACUGGUUCAGUUGAAAUCUUCUUCUCUCGUAACAACGCCUUCCUCGCGAGCUCGAAGAUGAAGUUCUUGCAGAGGAUUGCGUAUCUGAAUGUAGGAAUUUACCCAUUCACUUCCUUCUUCCUCAUCGUCUACUGCUUCUUACCAGCUUUAUCACUUUUCUCUGGUCAAUUCAUUGUUCAGUCACUUAGCGUUGUUUUCCUGUCAUACCUUCUUACUAUCACCAUUACACUUUGCCUUCUCGCCAUUCUGGAGAUCAAGUGGUCAGGGAUUGAACUUGAAGAGUGGUGGAGAAAUGAACAGUUCUGGCUGAUUGGUGGAACAAGUGCACAUUUUGCUGCAGUUAUCCAAGGUUUACUUAAAGUGGUGGCUGGGAUUGAGAUUUCUUUCACCUUGACAUCAAAAUCUGGUGCAGAUGAUAUAGAUGAUGAAUUUGCUGAUCUUUACGUUGUAAAAUGGACGUCUCUUAUGAUACCACCUAUAGUCAUAAUGAUGACCAACUUGAUAGCAAUCGCAGUAGGAUUCUGCAGGACCAUUUACGCAGCUGUACCACAAUGGAGUCGUCUUAUUGGUGGUGUGUUUUUCAGUUUCUGGGUCCUUGCACAUCUUUACCCUUUCGCAAAAGGUUUAAUGGGAAGAAGAGGAAGGACGCCCACUAUCGUCUUUGUCUGGUCAGGUCUCGUUGCUAUUACCAUUUCUCUUCUUUGGGUUGCUAUUAAGCCCCCGGAAGGCGCGACUGAGAUCGGAGGAGGAUCCUUCAAAUUUCCUUGAUUGACUCAUUCAUCCAUUUGUUUCAUCAACAACAUUCAAGCUUUUCAUUCAGGCCCAGAAUUUAGUUAUGCCUAAAUUACAAACAUUGGCACAUACAAGAUACCAAUUACACACCGAUCACAGAUGCACAUAACGGCCUGUCUCUUAUUUUUCAUCAUCAUACAACACGGUAAAGACCGUUGUUCCCUUUCCAGUUGUUAGCAAAUUUUGUUUUGGAAACCCAACUGUAAUGAAAUUCUGAUUUUUUUAAGUUUUCAU